GUGCGGAGUGGUGUGUCUCGACUGGGGCAAUGAGGACAAGUGAGUUUGAUUCAUCUGACGAAGAGGACUUUGGUGAAGAGGAAGCUACACCUUUUCAGAUCUCAUGGUUGUCUCUGUCAGUGGUGGAGUGUUCCCAGUCUCUUGGCAUUUGUUCCUUACCUGGAUGCAGAUAUAAAGAAAUCAGAAGAAACCUGCAGAAAGAUGUUGCGGAGAUGCGUGAUCAGGGUGUGGAGGACGUGUUUGUGUUCUGUACCAGAGGAGAGCUGGUGCGCUACAGAGUGCCGAGUCUGUUAGAGGUUUAUUCUCUGAAUGGACUCAGAGUGCACCACCUCCCCUUCCCGGACGGGGGCGCUCCAGAGCUUCCUCAAUGCAGCUGCAUUCUGGAAGAACUGCAGGACUGCCUGCUGAAUCAACGCAGGACUGUCAUACAGUAA